AUGAACACAGCAUUCAACAGCGCUCUCAAGCAAUCAAACGCCAUCCGACGCGAUCUCUCGCAAAUCCCCUCGCCUCCCACGCCCGCCGCCCUCGGCUCGCUCUCCGCCUCCCUCACGGCGUUCUCGCGCACGAUAGAGGACUACAACAACCUAGCCAAGCAAGAACUCGUCGAGGACAAGCAACAAAAAGCGUACGACCGGCUCAAAAACUUCCGCAACGAGCUCGCUGAGUACCGCGAAAGCUACGCCUCGCUCAAGACGCAGCGCGAAGAUGCACAACACACGCAGAACCGCGCCGAACUUUUAGGUCGCCGCCCCUUUGCUACUAGCACCCCAGAGAACCCCUAUGCCAACUACGGCGCCGGCGUCGACACAGGUGGCGACCCGGACGUCGUGCCCACGAAUCGGUAUGGCAGUGGGGGUAUAGUAGGAGGGGGGCAGAUGUCGAUGGGUACGGGGGACUACACGAGGGAGAACCACGCGAUGCGGGAGCAGAACUUCUUUGCGUCUACCAACAAUGCGCUUGAUGAGUAUAUUGCCCGCGGCCAGGCGGUGCUGGGCGACUUGGGAAGCCAGCGCGAGAUGAUGAAGCAUACGCAGAAGAGGUUGUACAGCGUGGCGAAUACGUUGGGUAUCAGCGGUGAUACAAUACGUAUGGUUGAGCGGAGGGCUAAGGAGGAUAAGUGGAUUUUCGGGGGUGGAGUGGUGGUAUUCUUUUUGUUUUGUUGGGCGUGCAUACACUACCUCAGGUAG